GCAGCACAAUUGUGCUUUUCACCCGAACUUGAAGCAAUGAUCGUUCUUUUUAUCGCAAUGAUCUCUUGAUUUAUUUGUCAAGGAUCAAACGACCGUCGCAAUCAUGUCUCCAACACAUUCGUUCGAGGAGAGAAGGUGAUCUUCGUCGGCUUUCAAUUAGUAUCUGUACUACUAGAGUGACGACUCAGAUGGUCAUGGUGAGAGUUCAUCUGCUUCUAUCUGUAGAUGUAUGAGAGAUUUUCGAGGAUAGGAGCAAUCUUUAUCUUCUGUGGAGUGAUAAAUAUUAAUUGUCGUGUCCUCGAGGUUUUGCCUUCUGUCGGCCAGACGUUGUGACGAGAGUCGACGAUCUGUUUGAUGUGAUGGAAGAAGUCGUGAGUAUCGAGGAAUCGAACGUAUCAUGUAUGAUAUUGAUCCAUCUCCUUCUUGUUCUUGUACCAUUUGAUUUUUCAUCAUCUGACCUUCAUCUUCUUCACCUUGACGCUGACCACGCCGAGAAAUAUAUCAGAUGUAUAAGAAAUCACCUCCCCCACCCCAAUCGUGUUAUUAAAAAAAUUAACAUAUCUUAUGCUUGUUCUUCAGUUCUUAAUCUAGUUAAUAGCGUUGCAUUGUAGGGUUUUUAGGCUUACGCUCCCAGCAACCCCGCACGACCACCUGGGGAAGUAGGGAGCUGUAGUGUAACAAAGUCUACUUACAAGAGUCAGAAUUAGUAACGAAGUGAUUAUAAAUAUAAAGUCAAAGUGACAAGUUGUAUUAACUUUCCCGCACGAACACAUUAUACAACACGAUCUCAAGUAGUGCAUGAUCUGAUCAUAUCGGGACCGAUUAUAGCUAAUUCAGCUGCUUCAGGAGAAAUAUAUAAUAAUUCAAAAUGAACGUGUUGCGGCAUAUGUGGGUGUUGGUGUCCCUCCUGUUGGUCGGGGUGGGACACGGAGUGAGGGCUGCAACUCAAGCGGCUCGGCAAGGCGGAGGUUCAACUGCUGCUACAGGAGCUCAAAACGUAGCAGCCCAAGAAGCAGCGGCUAGAGGAACGGUCGCGUUGAAAAGCAGCACACCAAUGGUAAGACGAGUUUAUCUUUUUCUACAACAUUGGGACGUUAAACGUGAUUGGGACUUUGUUCUUGUAGCUGGGAACGAGAAGAAAUAUGACACGUAACUAAAUGUAAUCGAUUUUGGAUGUUACUCGUUUGUAUGAACACAUGAUCUAGAUCUCCCGCUCUGCAGGCUAGAAUUAACUCGAGAUUUGUGCGAAGCUCAUGAUGAACAAUUACAAUUGAAUUCGAUUCAUCACAAGACACUGACACACACACAAGAGAGAGAUACGACAAACGACCCUAACAUGACGUUGUUGAUUUCCAUAAUCUGAUCUGUACAGCAACCAGUGUCGAAUAAUGGGGGUAAAACUGGAUGGGGACGUCAAGUUGGUAAGAUUCCAGGUUUCGCGGCAGGAAUUAUUGCAGGAUGCUGCGGUCUAGGGCUCCUAUACGCGAUUUUGGUUUGGACCUUGUACAUCCUCCCAAUUAAGAUCGUUCCAAGAGACAAGGUACAACUUCUUGCACCACUUGCUACUUGUUUGGCUUAUCUCUACUCAUUCAACUUCAAGUAUGUUUGGAAUUGGAAUGAUAAUGUUGCUGUGAUCGAAGAUGUCUAGCACUUCGUCGAUGUGACUGCUACGACGUUAACGUCUUCACCAAAGAAAUCAACCUCCUAAAAUGUCAAAUCAUGCAAAUGAAUCUUUCUCUGAGCAGUUUCCUGAUAAAGUUAUUUCUUCAUCUGUGUUUGUUCCUCUUUUUUAACACAUGAGGUUUCCCUACUCCCCCCCCUAUUUUUUCUGACAGUAAGUGACGGUUUCUUGCGCUGCUGCUCAGGUAUGUUAUUUCUAGGUGGCUUAUAUCUCUCUCUACUUCUAGCACUGUUCUACUCCCCGCUUCGAAGCUUAAUAAAGAGAGUGAGGGUAGAAGUACUCGAAAAAGGUACGAGUGGUACAAGAACUUUUCGUGAAAACAACUGGGUCAUGGGGUAAACUACACUUUAACAUGCAUUUCCCAUACUUACAGGACGUCGCUCAAGCCUCACAGGGUGGCGCCUUGAGCAGGAGUUCUCUGUCCGUGACGCACCAACCGGGUGAGGAUGAUCCAGACGGCCUGGGACAGACGCAUGAGCAGGCGGAGGCAGCAGAGGCCUCCCCUGAGAGCACGUACUUGAUUCAACCGGAAGAGGACACGGUCGAUCCACAGAAGAUCGUGGAUGACAUGGAAAAAGUGGCUGCGGCGAUUCGCAAGGGUGCAACUGCAUUCAUGGUCUCAGAACUUCUGUGGCUCACACCAUUUGUCGUCGUCACAGGCGCGCUCAUCUGGGGGGGUCUGCAGUCGUGGCAGACGAUGCUGGCGUUCUUCUUGGGGAGCUGUACGAUACAUUAUUAUUUUUAUUAUACAUACUUUUUAGAAGAAUCUUCCACCUUUGUUGAUGAGUGUUGAUCUCACCAGAAUAAAACUUCUACUUGAACAGGAUGUUGCUUAAAGUUAAAAUACUUUGAAGAUCAAUGGACAAGUAGUCCUCGACCACGUCCUUCAUCUUUUACUUUUUUUCCUUGUUCAAUCAUCUUUUUUUUUCUACUUCAUCUUCAACGACCAACAUAUUAUUAUUAAUAUUGAUCUUUACACAUCACCUUCACCAGUGACCUCUGUGUUUGCGGCUUACUUGGGUAUGCUGAUCGCUGUGCACUCGAACGUGCGAACCUGCUAUCAGUGUUGGAGCAGCUUGCAUGAAGGUUUCAACUGCGCGUUGUUGUCGGGAAGUGUCAUGGGCUUUACGCUCGUGUGUAUGGGUGUCGGUUCCUUUUUGGUCACGUGGCUGAUCUUAGACGCGGCCAUGAUCCGCAUGACGAUUGCGGGUCAAGUGAACGCUCCGAACAAGGACUUAGCGCACGCGCUGUGCGGUUUCGGGCUCGGCGCCUCGCUCGUCGCACUGUUCGCACGUGUGGGCGGCGGAAUCUACACGAAGGCUGCAGACGUUGGUGCAGAUUUGUCGGGCAAGAACGAGUACGGCAUGGACGAAGACGAUCCGCGCAACCCGGCUUGCAUCGCGGAUAACGUUGGUGACAACGUUGGCGACAUCGCGGGCAUGGGCGCGGAUCUUUUUGGCAGUUUUGCGGAGUCCUCCGCAGCAGCUUGCUACAUUUGGUACAAAUUCACGACCAAUAUCGAGACUGCGGACACAAACUCGCUGCUCGUCGGAGACGUCAGUGCGAGCUUGUAUCCUCUGUUCAUUUCCGCCAGUGGGAUUAUUGCAGGGUUGGUCACCAUGGUCGCGAAUUUCGCUUUCUUUCCACGUGUGUCGAGAUUCGACCAGGUCGAAUCUCGACUGAAAUACUUGCUGCUCAUCUGCACUCUGGUCGAAGUAGGCUUCGUUUUCGCAGUGGGCCACGUGUCCUUACCGCAAAGUUUUUACAUCCGUAACGCGAGUUCCGAACCAGUGCUCGUGUCUGACUUAAAGAUCAGCGGUUGCGUUGUAGUAGGCGUCUUGGUCGGUUUCCUCAUCGGUAUGGUGACGGAGUACUACACGAGCCACAGCUAUCGACCCGUGCGCGACACGGCCAGCGCCUACCAGCAGUCAGCGUCAACUGGUCUCAUUCUCGGCACAGCCUUGGGACAAAAGAGCACCGCCAUGCCGGUGCUCCUGAUCGCGGGUUCCGUGGUCUUCGCACUAGCAAUGGCUGGCCCAUUUGGCAUUGCCAUGGCCGGUCUCGGAAUGCUCUCGACGCUCACGAUUGCCCUCACCAUCGACGCCUACGGUCCAAUCGCCGACAACGCAGGUGGCAUUGCGGAGAUGUCAGGCCUAGGACCCCACGUGCGUGCACGAACUGACUGCUUGGAUGCCGCAGGAAAUACAACAGCGGCAAUCGGAAAAGGCUUUGCAGUAGGAAGUGCGGCUUUGGUACGACUACGAUUAUAGACCUUUUCCUUGUUCGAGAUUUAUCGUUAUUCUGUAGUGCCAUGGUGCGCAUAAGUACUUGGCUACAUGGACUCACUUCUUAGGAUUAUUAUAAUAGAGUAGUUUAUAGAACGGAUGUAGGAUGGACUUGGAUGGAUCAUCGGAUGGACCCCCCUGAUUCUUCCGAUCCUACUUGAAAGGGUGGAAAGUCCAUCCGAUCCAUCCGAUCCAUCCCAUCCCGGAUCUGGCACCCCUAUAAACUGCUCUAUUAUAAGUUUUUUAUGGUUGGGGUUUUAUUAGGUCCAGGAGGAGCGGCGCUGCUCAUAGCACUAAAAAAAUAAAACAACCGGUUAGUUUUUACCUCUAUCGGCUUAGCCCUUCAUCAGACAAAUCAUUAGUAAGCUUUCUAUGAUCUUCUUCAUCUGGUAACCCAGAUCACAUCAUCUUCUUCCUCUGGUAACCCAGAUCACAUCAUCUUCUUCCUCUGGUAACCCAGAUCACAUCAUCUUCUUCCUCUGGUAACCCAGAUCACAUUGUCUACGUCUCCCGGUUCUUUAUCACCUUUCUUUGUCAUGAUCAUCGUCAAGAAAAGAUCGAUUCCACUGGAGAAUAUAUAAUCAGGUCGCCAUGGCGUUGUUUUUCGCAUUUUUGCUUGCCGCGCACGAGGGAGAAACGGGCGACUUCCGUCUCGAGAUGUUGAAUCCGUACGUCCUACUCGGUCUCUUCUGUGGUUCCAUGCUUCCCUUCGUGUUUGCCGCUCUGCUCAUGACCUCUGUCGCAGAGGCUGCUCAGGACAUGCUGAAGGAGUGCUACCGGCAAUUCCCGCUGAUUAUCAACGAAGGCAGAGAGCCAGACUACGAAGAGUGCGUCAAAAUUAGCACUAGAGCAAGCCUUCGGGAGAUGAUUCUGCCAGCAGUGAUUGUGGUGUUUUCACCGAUUGUUGGAGGUCUCCUCUUCGGGACGAACUUCACAUGCGGACUGCUCGUUGGUACUACAUGUCUCAGUCUGAUUUUCAUUACAUGCGAACUGCUCGUUGGUACUACAUGUCUCAGUCUGAUUUACUUAUUUCAUUCACAACAGUUCAUCUCGUAUUAAAAAUAAAAUACACAAAGAAUUAUAAUUGUAGUUCAGUCACCAAAGAAUCCUUAACGGAUUAUAAUUUUCACCAAACUACUGUUAACGUUAAGGUAAAGCUAAAGGUUAACCCAAAUUUUUAUUUUAUUUCAGGUAUCCUCCUCUCCGGUUUGUUGCUCGCGAUUAGCAUGAGUAACAGCGGUGGCGCGUUCGACAACGCAAAGAAGUACAUUGAAGCUGGCGGCUUGGGCGACGGCUCACGCAAGGGGUCAGCAGCGCAUAAGAACGCUGUCAUCGGAGACACGCUGGGUGAUCCACUCAAGGACACAUCCGGACCCGCGCUGAACAUCUUCCUAAAGCUCUCGGCGGUGACCGCUCUCACCUUCGCGCCAUUCCUGAAGAAAUUCUCUCACGCUGGCAUGCCAUUCUGGGCCCCGAGUCCAAUGAACAUGACGACCGCGCCGGGUAAUGCGGUUGCCGGAGGCGGACGAUAAAAAGUGUACUAGAACUAAGCUCAAUUAGAACUAGUACUACUAGUUGUAGUGGAAUUCUUGAGGCGGACCGAGGAGACGGAGAUCAUGAUGAGCAGUCUUUUUUAUGUUCUAGAUGGGACGAGGAAUCAGUGGGUGGACCAAUCGAAUUACCGGUCGUACUGAAUCUACUUACACGGAAGUCGCGACGCGGCGCACAUGCAGCUAGCACCUGGAAGAACAGGUAGCAGAAUUUUUCUUGGUGUAGUCAGUAGCAUGUUCCUUGGUGUAGUGAACAUGAAGUGUGAGUUGUCGAAGCCGACAUGAAACUGAAACAGGGAAUGUAAGUACAUCAAUUCUUCGGGAGUGAGGACAUUGAUUUACAAUUUUGCAGAACUUGAAGUUGAACUAGUAAAGACGACAAGACAUGCGCACCGAUGGAGGUCUUCCACGGGGAGUCAAGGUAGACCUGCCCACUUAAUAAGUAAAGUAGUAGAGUUUAUUUUGCAACAAACUUUCAAAAAAACCUAUUAAUACGCACCACUGUUGAACAGUGAUAAUUUCAGAUAAUCAUGCACCAGUAUUAGACACAUUGAAUGCAACAGUGAUAAUUUCAAAAAAAUACACAGAGUAAGUACAAAUUGCUACUUGAACAGUAAUUCAAGGAACAACUAAUGUAUCGAUUGGAUUAUUGUAAACGCGCGAAAUCAGUAUGUUUUUGCAUAAAAAUGUACAACGUUAACACCUUCUUCAUCAAUGAUACUUGUUCGACAGCCACUACCUGCUAUUUGUUGUACACAUUGAUUGGGCGUGUGAUGCAUGUAUAGAAUGAAGAAAUAGUCUUAGUCCUCACCUGGUGAGUGUGAGAACUUCUUCAGCGUCAUCGAUCAACCGAACGAAAAAAAUUAGUCCUACAACGCAAUAAACUAGGAGAAGCUCUCUCAGUACAGCGCUACAUCAUGACCAUGAAGAAGAGUACUUUUUUUUGGCUACCUUCUCGCACCACGAAGUGAUACUGGAGGGACACUCAACAGAUGAUCGAUGUGAGGUGAAAAGACUAAGAUUUUGUUGCACGACUCACUGGAAACCUGUACACACUCUUCUGGGAAUUAUGAACAUACAGGCGGCGCCAGCCUGCUCAU